AUGGCGUCUAUUACCCGUGCGUUGCGGCCUUUGUCGCGCACUGCUACCUCCGCCCGCCUUAUCGCAAGACCACCGUUGUCGGCCAGGCUAGCUGUGAGCAGCACCCAUGCGUUUUCCACCACCUCCCGCCGGCGGGAUGUCGACCUGUCCGGACUGACGCCCACCCCGAUCACCUUCCUCUCCGAAACAGAGUCCUUAAUGUCCGAAUCCGUCAAUAAGUUCGCUCAGGAGCAAAUAUCGCCCAAAGUCAGAGACAUGGAUGAAGCGGAGACCAUGGACCCUGCCGUGGUCGAGCAACUCUUCGAACAAGGACUGAUGGGCAUUGAAAUUCCGGAGGAAUACGGUGGUGCGGGGAUGAACUUCACGGCGGCGAUUGUGGCGAUUGAGGAGCUUGCUCGCGUCGAUCCUAGUGUCAGUGUUCUUGUAGACGUUCACAACACCCUAGUCAACACCGCUAUCAUGAAGUACGGUGACGCGCAGGCAAGACGCACAUGGCUGCCCAAGCUGGCUACUGGCACCGUCGGCUCUUUCUGUCUGUCGGAGCCGGCCUCCGGAUCGGACGCGUUUGCCUUGCAGACCAAGGCUGAGAAGACAGCCGAUGGGUACAAGAUCAACGGAUCGAAGAUGUGGAUUACCAACGCCAUGGAAUCCGGCGUGUUCCUUGUCUUUGCCAACCUUGAUCCCAGCAAGGGUUACAAGGGUAUCACCGCCUUCAUCGUGGAGAAGGAUACUCCGGGAUUCUCCAUUGCGAAGAAGGAAAAGAAGCUGGGCAUCCGGGCCAGCAGCACCUGCGUGCUCAACUUUGACGACGUCCUGAUCCCCAAGAGCAACCUGCUUGGUGAAGAAGGCCAGGGAUACAAGUACGCCAUUAGCAUUUUGAACGAGGGACGAAUUGGUAUCGCCGCCCAGAUGACCGGGUUGGCCCUCGGCGCCUGGGAGAAUGCCGCACAAUAUAUCUGGAAUGAUCGACGCCAAUUCGGCCAACUGAUCGGCGAGUUCCAGGGCAUGCAGCACCAGGUGGCACAAGCGUACACUGAGAUCGCAGCCGCCCGUGCGCUGGUCUACAACGCGGCACGCAAGAAGGAAGCGGGACAAGACUUCGUGCAAGAUGCCGCAAUGGCGAAGUUGUAUGCCUCGCAAGUUGCUGGCCGCGUGGCUGGCUCCGCAGUGGAGUGGAUGGGAGGCAUGGGCUUCGUGCGUGAAGGUAUCGCCGAGAAGAUGUUCAGGGAUAGCAAGAUCGGCGCCAUCUACGAGGGAACCAGCAACAUUCAAUUGCAGACGAUUGCCAAGUUGCUACAGAAGCAGUAUACUCGCUAA